GCUUCUAAAGAUUGUUGCGACAUUCUAUAAAAUUUAAAAAGAAAUCAGGUCUCCCAUUUGGUGGACAUUGAUUUCUUAAAUUGUUAUUAUUUUAUUAAAUUUUCUUACCUGUCUUAAUAUCCAUUGGCUUCAAUGGCUGGCGGACGUCUAGAAGUAUACUGGUCGCCAAACAGUCCCGACAAAUUCCUUACGUGGGGGAGUGAUUUUUCGCUAUAUCAAGUCAAAAAUACUUCCGGCAGAGAUGACAUCGCCUCGGCACACCACUUUCAGAUAUCAAGUAACAGUAGGGCAUACCAACUGGGUUCGUUCACAGAUGUGGCAUUUGCUAAGUGCCUGGCAUGGCUCCCAGUACCAGAGUUGGAAGGAGUUAUUGCUAUGGGCCAGACAAAUGGAAGAAUUUUGUUGACUUCUCUGCUUGGACCUGGAGAAACUUCACCUUUUCAUGGAAAAGAAUAUGCAUCAAAGCAUAACAGACAGUGCAAUGCAUUAUCAUGGAGUCUAGCAGAAUCUUACAUUCUUGCCGCUGGUUUCGACAAACAUAGAUCUGAACAUGGCUUAAUACUCUGGGAUGUGACUAAAGGUGGAAAUGAGAGUAACAGACCUAUCAUGGAGAUGGCAUUUGGAGACACUAUUACAUCUGUCACAUGGUUCAAUCACUCACAUACUAUGGCAACUGGUGUCAACAACAAGCAGCUUCGCCUAUAUGACUUUAGAGAUGGAACUAAACAUACAAGCUCAACGAAUACCCGCGCAGUUUUUUCGAUCGUUCAGGAUCCAUUCGUCAACCACAGAAUUGCAUCAUACAGUGACACUUCCGUAUGUAUUUGGGAUGUAAGGAAUUUUGAGAAGCCCGUGCUGUCACUGCAACAAAACAAAGUUGUUUCGAAAAUUUCAUGGUGCCCUACGCAUCAUAGUUUCUUGGGAGUCUUAUGCAAAGAGAGCACAUCACUGUCCUUGUAUGAUAUUCAGAAUGCAAAUGGCGUAGCAGCGGAGGAAAUGGAACCAAUCCCAUUGGAACGUGGCCUGAUUUUGACAGAAAACAGUGAAACUAUUUCUUCUUUUGCGUGGCAUUUAAAUGAGGAAAAUCGAUUACUCUACUCAACGUCAUCAGUCAAUAUUAAGGAACAUCUUGUUGUAGACCGAAUCACACUGAAUUGGUCCCCGUCAAGUAAGCUAGUGUGGAAUUGUGGUAAAAAAAUAUUGCAGUACAUUGAUGAAACUGAUAGUGUCUACGGCAGGUUCAGUGAUUUUUCCGUAAUAAUGCGCAAAAGAGCGGUUGAGGGAUACGGACUUGAGGCUGAUUUUAAACCUGAUUCAGAACUAAUGCAGGACGUAACGACAAGAGAGCUUUGGUGUUGGGUUGAUACAUGUCGAAAGUUAACUCAGUCAGGAAAUCUGCUCGGAAUGAAUUUCAUGGGUAUUAGGUCUGCCUUGCGUUUGGAUACGGAUGGAGUUAUGAAGUCAGAAAUGUUACAAGUCUCUUGGAAUGGAGUGGAAUCGGCAAAAAUUUCACCUAUUACUGUUUACAGGAGCGAGGAGAGAAAUCAGGCAUUGCGCCUGUGUGGUUGGCCUCACGAUCCUGCAAACCCCAUCCUAGGGCCACUUUUAGAAAAACUUCAGGCAGACGGGCAGGUCUCUCGAGCAGCUGCUCUGGCAGUUUUUCACAUGAAGAUACGUAAAGCCAUAAAAAUUCUGACACGUAGUGGUGUACAGAAAAAUCAGGUGUCCUACCAGUUAGUUGCCCUUGCCUUAGCAGGCUUUACGGAUAAUCGAGAAACGCUAUGGCAACAAGAAAUCAGCAGUAUGCAAAAGAAUGCCUUAGACGAUCCAUAUUUGAGGGCUACAUUUGCCUUUUUAACAAGUCCAUCCGAAAAAUAUGAAUCUGUCUUGAAUGAAACCGGGAUAAGUGUUCGAGAUCGCGUUGGCUUCGCCUGCAAUUUUUUGUCUGAUACCCAUCUCAGCGAGUUCAUCGAGUACCUCAAUCGCAAGUUGACAAACGAAGGAAAUUUGGACGGGAUGCUUCUAACGGGUCUGUCAACUGACGGAUUGAACUUACUUCAGAGCCAUGUUGACAAAUCUGGUGACAUUCAGACAGUUAGCCUCCUUAGUUUACAUGCAUCCAACCAUGAGGUUAGCAAAGACGGGCGCAUGCAACAAUGGGUCAACAGCUACCGCUCUCUACUUGACAGCUGGAGGUUAUGGACGCAACGAGCAAAAUUUGAUGUUCAGUUUUACAAAGGCAAUCCUUCUAGCACUGAAAAGCCUCCACAACAGGUCUACGUUUCUUGCAAUUACUGCGGCAAAAGUAUUUCAGUCUUCUCUGGUGGUAAAGGCAAGUUACCCUUAAAUAGGACCAACCCAAACGUGAAAUCUAAGUUGACUGGCUGCCCGAAUUGCCGGAAUCCUUUGCCUCGUUGUGCCGUUUGCAUGAUGCAUCUUGGAAGUCCACUAGCUUCAUGGGGAGGACCUACUGAACAUAUAUCCAAAAAACCGAGCAUUAACGUUGCAUCUGGCGUCUCAGGUGUGACGUCUAAGAAAAGUCACCCGUUCGCUUCGUGGAUUCUUUGGUGCCAAACAUGUCGUCAUGGAGGACAUAGCGCUCAUUUAUUAGAAUGGUUCGGAGAACACAGCGAGUGUCCCGUUACUGGUUGUUCGUGUCGAUGCCUCAAUCUCGAUACAAUAGGCCACCACAUUCCUGUGAUUGCUAACGGGCAUGACUGAAUGACGCUUUCCAGGGCGAGGAUUUAAGUUGCGUCUUAUCGGUUAUCGUCCACUUUCGUACUGAACUAUUUUUAGGUAGGCAAAUUUUGUACAGUUUUGUCUUUACUAUUGCCUGUGUUAAUAAUUUGUCCUCAUCUGACCGUUGUUGGUUGACCGUUUUUCUUUUUCCACUUCACACUUAAACGAACUUUCAAUAAAGCCUGUGAUUGAGCGUA